UGCAUACUUCUAUAUUGAACUUACUGGCUGUCUACCUGUUGUUUUACAGUGCUGUGGCAGUUUUCUGCGGAGUCAACAGCAGAUAUUUCCAUGAGUAUCCGUUGAUUUCCUAAAAGGCGCAAUAGUCUCCCCGCGCCCGACUCCUCUUACUCAGUUCAGUAUCUGUUCUAGUUGCCUCUGGCAACAGUAACGCCGACAGUAACAGCAGCAGUGCGAGAACAGUAAGGGCAUCGCUUAUAGAUGCAGGCGGCGCGAGCCAUUGCUGUUGCCGCAUGCACGAUAGCGCCAUGCACAGGCAUAGUGAUGAUCUGCUCUCGGUAGCAAAAACGAGCAUCGCAGCUAUUACUAUUAUCUCUACUAUGGCCGCCGUAACGGCCAUCGUUGCUGCAGUCAAUGGCACAGUACCGGGAGCUAGCUGCGGCACCAUCGCAAUUAUACUGGUGACAUGACAGUGAAAUAACUGCCGGUGCAAGAAGUGCAGGGCAAAUAAAUGGUCAGUCCAUGCCCCAGUAGAGUGGAUGCAGCAGUACCACGGCUGCAGUAGCAGUUCGAACCGAGUAAGUAGAAAACCGAGGAGCCGCUCGUGAUUAUCCGAAAGCGAUGAGAUCGGUGUCGUAUUGAAGCCAUCCGUAGCGCGCGGCUGUGCUAUGGGCAAUGCCCCAGACAGUGCUGUUGGCGAGGUGCAUCGGCGGGAAGAUGAUGGCGGCUGGAGCUACUUCGACGGGGUUCCCUUUUGUGGUUGCUUCUGUUGCGUCCCCAGUACAUAAAAUUUGACUGAGGAUUUUGGAGUCGCAUAUUGCUCGUGCUGGUAGCAAAAUAAUAAAGCUAACACAGCGUACAUAUAUAAACACUAAUGUAAGCGUGUCUGGCACAAUAAUGAUCUAGUUCAGUAGUCGCUGCAGCGUCCUCCCUCGCCGAAACUCAGAAUCCAACAUACCUCUUCCAACACCGGUUUUUUUUUGCAACAUUAAGUGUGUUACGACUCUGAAGGAAAACAAGCAAUAUUGGAGUGGUGAAAUAUUAUGAGUUGAUUUGCUUUUUUUCUUUUUUCCUAUAGUAGGAAGAAUCUCAUGACACAAAUGUUGUGAGACGAAAAUGUGUAGUAGCGGGAAAAUGUUCUCGAAACGUUUACAUCCUGUUGCUUUAUAGAUUAGCAACGCCGGUCAUAUCGUUUCGGGGAAACAGGCUUCACUGUAAACAACUACAUUACCCAUAGAACCCAUUUAGACGAAAUUUGUUAUCGCUAGAAUGAGCCAGUUACUAUUACUGCUAGUAAGAUAUCUUUUAGAGUGAGAUUACAAGCUCGUCAUUGAAUCUUCGACAGAUAUUAGAAGAUCAGCAGCUGUUGUCGUAUUUCCAGACUGCUGGUGAAAAGAUAGAACCAGAUUAGUUACCUUCUCUAAAGAAAUGAAUCGUGCGAAUGACCGAGAUACAGAAUAUAAUGUCAUUGUCGGUAAAACGAAGUUUUCGGCUAGUAUCUGCGUUCGAAGUAUUGUGCGCGGUCAAUAGGACUCAGUACUGUUAUACAUGCAUCAGAAAGUUGUUGUCAUUAACGAAAAGGUGUUUCAUUUGAUAUUCUAAAAAGUGUGCUAAAACGGUAACGAAUGGUCAAAUCAUGUGCUGAGCAUGUGAACGUUUUGUGACAAAUAUUUAAUUAGAGAAUUUGAUAAAAACCUGGUAAAUUUUGGCUCGUACACAGUGAAGAUGUAGAUAACAGCAAUUAUUUGAUGCCGCCGUAGAAGUUGGCUGGAGUCGCGAGUAAAAGCCGUGAGCAAAGCACCUUCCCGUUAGUUACAUAAGCGAAUAAGAAAUAUAGUGUUCGAUUAAGAGACGCGAUGUUUCUGCCUUGAGCAAAGUAUACGUUUUCAUUCGGAUGUAGUUUAACAGAAGUAUUAUUAAUAAUAUAAUUAAAUAAAUUAUUAAUAAUAUAAUUAAAUAAAUGAUACGCUAUGAAUGUAUGUCCUGUAGUUCAGAAUAAACCUAAACGGAAGGUCAUAUGACCAGUAAUGUACAAAGGACAUGCGACAGAGAAGCGCCACUUGUCUGAUACAACAGAGUAAACGUGCGUGGGUACGCGUUUACUUUCUCUGUUUGGCGCGCGUUGUUUGUUCCAUUACCAUCCACACAGACUCCCAAGGGGCUAUUAACAUAACAGCGGUGGCUGGAAGACGGGCGAUGAUUGGUGGCUUGUAGGCCGAUUAACGUAUUUAUAGUGCAUACUUGUCAAGAUCUAUAACGUCAAUGGUUGCAACGCUAGGAACUGCCUGUGAAAUGAAAGCGGUUGCAGUGUCUCCAUAGGUAGUAAUCGUUAUAAUGAUAAUAAUAUAAUAAUAAUAAUAGGCGAAAGUGAUUUGCCGUAUCUUAUACCGAACAUCGCGUAUUUUGUAUUUGUUUUUGUGACCGUCUACAUCAUAACACGGGCGAGAACGAGAGGACAUUAUGGUUGCGCACCGAUCUGUUACUGUUAUUGCAGCGCGCGUGCGGGCGUUUGCUUGUAUGUAACUAUAGUAGUGCUUAUCAUGCUUUUCCUGAAUAUUGUGUUCAUCAGUCUCGGCGGAUCCGAUGCCCCGGAAUACGGCUGAUGCAGAAGAAGGCGCCAACUACUAAUGCCCUUUAUUAUGCGUUUUAAGAGUAGAUUGCAGAUACGAAUUACAGGCAUUAUAUCACGAGGUUCAAUUAAAGGUGUCGUAAAACGCACACCAAUGCACCACAUAACGCGUUCGAUUUUGGCCAUUGACCAGUGAGGGGAAAACAAAAAUUGAGGCAAUUACACUAAGUUUUGGCCAUUGUGCUGGCCAUUGUAUUAACGUUUAUGCCAACUCUGACAAUGAUUUAUACUAAAACUAUAUUAGUUCAUGUUGCCGCACAUGAUUGUCUCGAUGUUUUCAGGCUUUGUAUCAGCUUUGUUUGAUGACUUAGAGUUGAACUGCUAAUUAAAACAAUAGUUUUAAUUAGUUGUCUUAGCGCAAUGGGUCAUUAUGUAGAACUAGCCAAGUAUCGAGCGUUUCUUAAUUGAAAAUAACGGAAUAAUCUGUUGAAACAAGUUGCUAUUGCCUGCUAUAUCACUGGUCGUACACGGCAAGUGAUUACACAUUUUUUGUUAACUUGAUAUUAUCAUAAAGUAAAAGUUUGACACGCAGUUUGUUAGACAAGCUUGACGUUCUUUCCAAAAAAUGUGGUUUGUAAUUGAUUAUAGCCAAACAAUGAUCAGCAACAGCAUCGUGUUGUAUCCUGUCGCUGUGAUGACGCUGACGACGUAUAAUCUCGUUACAACUAAAUACGUUUGUUGUUAUAGUACGCCAAGUUUUGCCAUACAACCAUUUCUUCAAAGAUCUGUCUGUCUGAUAGAGCUGUUUAUCCGUCCGUUCCUUAAGCGCGCUUUCCGCACACGAGCUCCAUAAUGUUGCCAGCCAACCGUCUUCUCUAACAAACAUUUUGGGACUGGCGGUAGACACUCUGCGCUAUCUCUGCUGCGCCCUGACUCAAGGAAGCAGCCACUCGUAGAACUACCGUACUGAGAUGAUCGCCAUUAAUCGAUGAUGAUGAUGAUGAUGAUGACGACAAUGACUCUUUAAUUUAGCGAGGAAUUGGCCAAGUAACCGUGUUCAUGGUAAUGGAUACGCAAGGAAGUAAUUUGAUCUGUAAUCAUAAUAUCGAUAAGAAAUAAACGAGCGAAGUCUUGAUACUAUUGAAAAAACGAAAUAGCAGGUUUUUUCAAUAUAAUAGGAAUAAAGCAAAGUAUCUUGUUGUCAUAAGUCAUAUGUAAGUGUCUAUUCACUUCGUGUAUAGACACACGGGUUUUAGUAUUAAGCCAUGCCUGUAAGAAAGCUUGUAUUAAACGUUUGUUAUUUUUCUACUCAAAUUUUCUUAAAGACUGUUUGUUGAUAUUGUGGAAUUACUUUUUGCUGCUCGCAAUUCUCUAUCAUACACUCAUUCGUUAAUGGAAGCGGGGAUUAGCUGCUAAUCGAUGGUUUUUGCUCAGCGUUAAUUAGCAAUCUCAGCCAUAUUAGCUGUUUGUCUGGCUCGAGCAACAACGUGUUUGAUGCUUUUUCAAUUUCUAUAAGAUUUGGUGAAAAAUGAACGACUGUUUUGCUAUUGCUAAUAUUGAUUUUGACGACAGCGGCAACAACAAGGAAUAUGAAAGUCGUUUAAUAAACAAUUCGCUCUACCGUAGCGGUCGCCAUCGUUCGGCCACUCAGACCAUGGGAAAGCGCCGGAGAGCGAGUUUGUGUUAAGGCGCUAAGACUCAAAAUGCGGGUAGAAAUGGCGCGUUUUUCGAGCGGUUUCUAGCGCAGGAACUUAGCACUACAGUUACUGCUGCUGAUAUUUACAGCCGUUUCGACUUUUGUGGUGUGGAUAGCCCCAGAAAGAGGUAGCAUGAGAAAGAGAAAUCAACGGUGUUUUGAAUCUUGUGUGUUUGCGUUUCUGCGGAGAGAUGAUUUGCUCUUCUUUUGUAAUGGUGGUAGUAGAGGUAGCAGUCAAAAAGCAAGUAGUAGUUGAGCAGGCAAGUAUCGAUAGAGAGUUCCAUAUCCGUUGCGUGCACUGUUGAGGGUCAACCAUAGACAAAAGCGGUGUAGGCGGGUGUUUCUGCGGAGGAGAAUUUGUGGUUCUGUUCUGCUAGUGGUCUUGCUGUUGGUGCCGAUCAGCCAGUUGAAGGCGGUUGAUGACGGUGUUCCACUUUUGGCGCGCGGAGCGAUUUUGGCGCCGAGCCAGCAACACGAAUCGCCUAUCGUCUGUAUAGUGUGUUCAGGCGAUCGAAGAUUUUUGUGCAAUUUCGUUAAAAGUUGAUUCGACGUGGAACAUGAUGUUUUUUUCGAUGACAUAAAAUCGUGAACUAUAUUAAGUACAGAUAGAUAAAAACAGAGUUCGAAGGCUGAUACAACAAGUGAUCUUAAAAAAGACCCGCUUUGAUUUAGUGCGAGCAACAGCUCUGCCACAUAAUUGCAUUGUUUUGCUAACGGACGCCGGCCUCUCUUUAAUUGUCUACUACCGUUGACCAUCGAAACGACCUAAUCAUUCUGGGGCUGUUUAACCCCUGACUACAGGACAGGCUUGAGGAUGCCACGCAGGUCGAAAAAGGCCGCUGAGGAUGCGGCCGAUGCACCUCCGCCAAGACGGUCUACGCGGACGCGUAAAUCAGUUAUAGAUCCAGACGAGGUUGAACUUGAGCCGGCGCGAAAGAGGCCGCGCGGAAAGCGUACGUCAGCCACGAAGGUCUCAUACGAGGAAGAGGAGAAUAGCAAUGAACCGUCAAAGGACUCGUCAAAGGAUGACGAAUUCGAUCCGAAUGAUGAUGUGGACGACGAAGAAGACAAACCGAAGACACCAGCGAGGGGUCGCGGUCGGGGAAGAAGGCCCGCCGAACACAAAGACACACCUGCUCCAAAGCCUGCUGGACGAGGACGGGGUCGAAAACGGCUGGCUCCUGCAAAUGAAGAUGUCAGAGAGCAUGACGAUGAACAAGACGAUAACACUGACAAGCACAGUGAAAAGACCCGCGAACACCUGACUGAAGAUUCAGAUAGCAAGACCUCGAAGAAACAGAAGUUUGAGGAUGCUGACGAAGGGGCGAAGUCGAGCGAGAAAAGAGCGGCGGAAACAAAAGUAACAACAGCAGCAGCAUCUGAUACCGCUGUGACGAUGACGUCUGCUGCUGUAGCAAAAACGACGGCAGCGGUUACCGAGAAAAAAACGGGAGCUUUGGAUAAAACAGAGUUAGAAGAACAAAAGCCUUCAUCUGCGGGAGAGAAAAAAGAGGAUGAAGUAGCAGUACUUGAAAAAGUUCGAGAAGAAAAGCCUACGGAAUUGGGUAAGGCAAGCAGUACCGAUACACUGAAAUUUGAGGAGAAGAAACCCGUUGCCCAGCUUGAGAAGCCCACGACCGAGAUUACUCCUGCUAAAGAGGAUCCUACCACUACUUUAGCAGCAGCGAAAGAAGAGAUGAAACCAGAGCUACCUCUUGCAGCUGCACCGAUUCCAGUUUCAGAGCUUGAAGUCCCUAAGGAGACAACUGGGUCGGCGCCGACGACAGAACCUGGGUCGAAAGAAAAGACCAAAGAGAAUGGAUUAUCGGGCUCAACGGAAUUAAAGGAGUCGACAGGUUACGAGCCCAAUGCAAAGGCCGAUGCCCCAACGGAGAAGGAUCUAUCGGUCGCCUCUGUAGUAGCACCGACGGCCUCAUCUGGGGCAUCUGGGGAUGUCGCCAAGGAGACACGGGAGAUCCUGGAGAAAGCGGAUGGAGCAGAAGUAAUCGCCGUGCAGAAGGCGACGCCGGCAGCGGCCGAGGCGGCCGAGUCCUGUGGUUUCAAAGCAGUUGGUUCGGGCGCAACGCGUCUGCUGCUCAAGCCGGACUCAAAUGUCAAGCUGAUCGGUGCUGUAGAAACGGGAUCUUUGGGGGCGCUUACUCAUCGGGAGCUCGACGGCCUCUCCUCGCAGGCAUAUCGCGCCAAUGUUGAAGCUUAUUUAGCUACUCACUGCUGUGCGACAGACGAGUUUAUGGUGGCCACCUUGUCUGCGAGGGGCAAGUCAUUUACUUUGGUCAACGUACAGAUGGAAACGAAAAACCCCUCCGUGGCGGCGCUACUUGUUGGCUGCUUGAUGCGGCAGCUGGACUCGCGACCUCACGCCUUUGUCGUGGCUGGCCAUAUGCCUCACGUGCAACCAGGGAGCCCAGCUUACGAACUUUUACGAGACGGCUAUUUUGGCAAUAGUUCUAUUGAAACUCUACUUCGUAUGCAAGAUAUCCGAAUGGACGCUGAAGAUGAGUGGGAUAAGGGUCUCGUCGAUUUUCUUUGGAAAGCCUACCAGCAUUCACGACCUUGGAUGCGAAGCGUUUACGAAACUGUGCUAAAUAGCGAGACUCCUCUUUCAUCAACAGGACGCUCGAUGGUGUGGCACUCAACGAAAGGAGUUGGGGUAGUGGCCGUACUCAACCACCCAAAGCUUGCCCGAGCAGAUCUUGCUAUUUAUAUACGUGACUAAUAAUCUCAUAUGCAUUCAUAAUAAUAGCCAAAACUAUAGAAAGAAAUCUAAGAAACAACGAAUGCAGGCUCCUAGUUGCGAAUUCCGAUAAUAUAGUCUAUAAAAAUACAGAGAAAAGUGAUAAUAGGCAAUAGUAAACGGGAUUAGUAAAUGGAAAACGCUGACGAUGGUGAGUCAAACUAAUUGUGUAGUACAUUCCUGCGCUGAAUGAGACCCCACUUGGUGUUUUCUAAUAGCGUAAGGUUAAAGCGCUUUUCUUCCAGUAAUAAUAAUGAGUGAAUAGAAGAAAGCUUUCGAAUGGCUUUUGCAGCAUCAGCAUUCGUGCUGGAAUUUGUUGUCAGAAUGCUCCAUUAUAAUUAAUUUAUUAUAAUAUUAGGUCGUCCCAUAAGUUGGCUUCGUAACUGCAUUUAACUUUAGGUGAAAACGAUUCUUUGCGCAGACUACUUCAGGGAGUGGUAUACUGGCCGUUAUUUAUUCUUGCUUAUCUUUCAGGCAGUUUUCUCUUUUUUAAAAGCAAACAUUUUUCAUUGUGAUCAACUGGUCAAUAUGGUUUUUCAAACCCUUUAAAAAUACGAAAUUUCCCCAUUAAGAUAGAUCUGUAAGGAUUGGAAAAGUUGAUUAACAGAAUGACCAAGGUUGAGGCUAUAAGACCUAUAAAACAUUUAAACUCAUAUUUGAUCUGUCCUGAACGUAAGUUGCCCACUUUUAUUACCUGUUACCAUUUUACAAGAAAGCGGUUGUCCUAGUUCAAUUUGGUUGUGCACACACUCGUGACCCAGGUGUCUGCCCGGUUGACGUGAUUGUUGAUGGCUAGAGAUAUCUACUUAGAUGUUCCUGUAUCUUUUGCAAUUUGGCUAAGCCUUAUACGUAGAUACCGAUCGCGUAUAAUUAGAAUUUCAGCGUCCAUUGUAGCCAAUUAGUCGACCUGCACAUGCGCUGACAUAAUGCUAGGAUCGUCACUUCGUAUAUGAGCGAACCACUGCUUGACCGUUCGAUCGGAGCGUUAUAGUGUUGGGUCCAUAUACCCCACAAGCUUCGUCACAGCUCCGGGUCGCGUUUAGCAUUUUCCAAAAACAAAACUUCAAGAUCGACUUUCAACAUACUUUUGGCAUGUCCAUUGUGUGGCAUGUGACGGCUCGUGCAACUCAACUAAAGUGUGCAAUCGAGUCCAGCAUGGCGCCAGAAGAGAGCCGAAAGACCGGCCUACCGUGAUAGUGAGUAACCGCUUUUUUUUCGCCCAAUUUUGGUUGUGGCACUAACAUUUGACCGCCUCAAAAAGCCGGAACAAACGACCAAAUAUAUUUGAUCAAAUUAAUUCAUAACCAGACGAUCCACAGUACAUGUACACUUCGGAUAAAUGUAGAAGAAAAACGAAAAGUCAGAAAUGCCGAGAAGCAAUAGCUGAGUAAUGCCUGGACAUAUGAAUCGUGCACACUGCCUCCAGGGGACCCAGAAGAAUUAGUAGUCAUAAUUUUUGCUUAAUGUGUUAGAUGCUGCUCAUGUCACCGAAAAGAUAAAGGAAACCCAUAUAGCAGCGCUAGGGAAUAAAAGCAAGCUUGUGAGACGAUGAGAGAUAUGCCCUAGCCUAUUUCUCGUCGUACACGGCUUUUUAUCAUGUUAAUAAAUAAUUAUUGCCUAGUCAAAGCCAAAAGACUUACUGAACGCAAUUCAAAUUGUCCGGUGGCGAACACCUAGAGAUUGUCAAUGAUAGGUCCUAUAACGAAAAGUGCAACUUGGCGAAAAAUAACGCAACUCAGCUGCCAAAUCGCAUUAAAACGAAUGUUUACUGUAAAAAGGCCAGAAGAAAACGCCAGUAUAAAGACGAAUACGCCAGUCAUGAAUUUGUAUACAAAUCAACAUUAUUUAUGAUCCUGUUGCUUGAGCAGCUGUAAAGAUUAGGCAAGUAGUCUGUACAAGCUGACCCUUACUCUCGAGUUGUAGCAUUUCAUCUGUGAGCAGAUUAUAAACAGAUCGUGUGGCUGCAAGUAGCCACUCUCUAGGGCAAGUUAGAUGAUAUCGGCUACCUUCAUUCAACUAGUUUUCGCAUUAACAAUUUAUAAUGUCGCUUGAGUAUGUGGAGCGACCAUUCGCGCUAUACAAAGAAGAUUAUUAUUAUUUGUAAUACUAAGCAUUAGAAUUUACUUGCUCAUGUGCACAUGUGUACAUAAAAC